CCCAAACUCAUUCAUGCUUUUGUUUUGUUUCUUCUACUAAUUGACGUCGUCGUGGUCAUUGUUUCAGAAACCGUCGACGUGUUUUUCGGGCCUUGCUGCGACUACGCCGCAGCUCCCGUGGCGCGACAGAUCCCGUACUGGAACAAACCCAUGGUGACGGCCGCCGCCAUGGCCCGAGACUUCGGCCGAGUUAAGAAAUCCAUGUUUCAACUGCUGACGCGGGUUGGACCGAUAUUCAACUCGCUGGUGGAAAUGCUCAUUCUUAUAUUCAAGCAUUUUAAAUGGAACCGAGUUAAACUAAUAUAUGACCCGGAAGCAAACGAACAUAUCGUAGACCGGUAUUGUCACAUUCUUACGGAUGGAAUUCACCACGGUCUACGGACAGAACGAAGGAAAAAUCUCACGCACGAGUAUUACAAGUUUCACAAGAUGGCCGACAUACUCUCGGGACUGGAACACGAGAUUGGGCGAGAAUUUGCAGCAAGUUUUGAUCUUAAAUUACUUCUGAACAUUGUUGCAAUAAAAUUAUACACGCAAAAGGGAGAUCUUGAAGUCCAACUAAGCCCAAAACAGGAGGUGCCUGUCCUAAGAGAGGUUGGCGCCUACGGAGAGAUGAGGACCGGUCCAGCAGUCAGUGACGGGAUCAGGUGA